AUGGCGAAUAUGUUUACUUCGACAUGGCGCUCCUUUUGGCAUACCAUGACCUCCAAUGACCGCCAUGCCUCCCACGACUCCCCCUACCGUACAGGGAGACACGUCCCUCUCAACCAAAGCCGCCAUGAGCCACUCACAUCUGUCGCAACCAGCGCAAUCGAGUCUCGCCCAGAUCUCUCCAACCCCUACGAUGACGAGCCAGCAAAAGGAUCAGCAAAUGCGCAAGCAAGCGAGUGGACUGGCUCCCCCGAUGACUUGGACUCUCCUACCCGCCCUUACUCCCCUGGAAUGAGAUCGGUGGCAUCCCAGAAGAGAAGAUCGAAUGACCAAGGCGAGGGUGCGCCAGAAAUCCAAAUGCAAAGCUUCCACGAUGGAGCACCACCACCGCCGCCGGUCGCUCACUCAUGGCGGAAGAUUGAGCGUUGGUUAGAACACAAUUACGAGGAACUGCUUGAUCAACUCGGAGAAGGAUGCACCCAGAACGAUAUAAACGAGCUGGAGCACGAGCUCGACUGCAGUCUACCAUUAGAGGUGCGGGAAUCCUUGAUGAUUCAUGACGGUCAGGAACGUGGUGGUCUGCCUACCGGUGUCAUCUUCAGUGCCAUGCUGCUCGACUGCGAGGAGAUUGUUCAGGAAUGGCGCAACUGGAAAACGGUCAACGACGAAUAUCUCAGCGGUUCAACUAUGCCUCGCCCGUCCGCCAGCUCCGCAGCCAGCUCCUCUGCGGCCGGUCCGUCUCAGCCCAACCCCGGCAUGUGGCGAUCAGAACUGCUGGACCGCCAGGAUUCCCAACCGCCCGGUGCCGUUCAAAAAGCAUACGCACAUCCCGCGUGGAUUCCUCUUGCCCGGGAUUGGGGUGGCAACAACCUUGCCAUCGAUCUGGCACCCGGCCCCGCUGGAAAAUGGGGCCAGGUAAUCAUCUUCGGCCGUGAUUACGACUGCAAGUAUGUCGUGGCUCGAUCGUGGGCUGCAUUCCUCGCCACUCUGGCCGAUGAUCUGUGCAGCGGCCACGUUGUCGUCGACGAGGAGACGAAUGAGCUGAAGCUGAAGCAAUUCAAGGCUCAAGGCGUGGAGCCCCCAUAUCUGGAAAUUCUGCGCUGGAGGACGGAUCAGAAGUAUGGCCGCCGUGUGCCUCGUCGAAAGGGUCCGGUGCCCAAUGGUCUGGGCGUAAACUCUUCCGGCAACCGGUCCAGGAGUCGGGAGUCCCCUUACGGUAGCCCCACGCGCGCUGAAGAACGAGGUCGUUCGCCGCACCGUUUCUCCAAGAGUGGAAACGCCCAGAGCCCUAAGACGCCAUUCGGUGUGUCCAGUCCUCUUGCACGGGUGACAGAAGAGACGACAAGUCCCAUCACCACUGCAGGACCCUCGAUCUCUGAAGACCCCAAGGAAAACGACAAGGGAGCUGGAGACGAAGACCUUAUGGAGGUCGUCACCCCACAAAUCUCCAACAAGGAGAACGAAGGUUUCCCGAAACCCAAUGAGCUCAAGGAGACCGAGAAGGUAGAGAAGGCUGACUCUGCAGAAUCCCCCGGUGGCUCCAGUGGCUUGGAGUCGGAGGUGCUGGGUGAAAUGAAGAACGUGGCUAUUUAG